CGGAAGAGACGUGGCACAUAAACAGAGGGAGGAAGCUAGCUGUAGUGAAGUUUGCUGAUGACAGCUUCUGGACCUGCCUUCCACGUCAUUUCGACUAGGAAGCUUAAAUGACAGCCGUACACCAUUACCUUAAACGAACAGGGCUUGAUUGAAGUCUGUCUGACAGCACAGGUGACUAUGGGUCUCUGCAAGUGUCCCAAGCGAAAGGUGACCAAUCUAUUCUGCUUCGAACAUCGUGUAAAUGUGUGCGAGCAUUGCCUUGUCUCCAACCACAACAAGUGUAUCGUGCAGUCAUAUUUGCAAUGGCUUCAGGACAGCGAUUACAACCCCAACUGUACUCUGUGUAGUACUCCACUGAAUGCACAAGACACUGUGAGGCUCGUCUGCUACGAUGUGUUCCACUGGUCCUGUCUCAAUGACCUGGCCUCUCGGCUGCCCCUCCACACGGCUCCAGCGGGGUAUCAGUGCCCCACCUGUCAGAGUCCACUGUUUCCCCCUUCCAACCUUGCCAGCCCGAUUGCUGAUGUGCUGAAAGAACAGCUGUCGUCUGUUAACUGGGCAAGAGCUGGUUUAGGUCUGCCGCUGAUUGAAGAGCCCAUUGGGGUCCUUGAGGAGACGGCAGCUCACGAUGUCACUGAUUAUACGGACUGGUCGACAUUUGAGGCACAAGAACAAAGUAACAUUUACCCCAGCAGCUCUUACAACCCCAGCCUCAACCCACCACCACCAGAGUCUGUCUCACCUCCAGCACAGGAAGAGGUUGUAGUCCCUCGUAAAAAUGGGGAUCCAAAUAUCCAGGAUCAGUCUGUGGUCAACUUCUCUACCGCUACAACCCGUGACACAAUUACACUACACACAGCAUCGUCACCAAGAAAGAUCUACGACACGCGGGACGUUGGUCACAGCUCCGUCACACAGAUUGACUUUGACGAUGACAAGUACCGGCGACGACCAACGUUAAGUUGGUUUGCUCAAAUUCUCAAAAAUCGCACAGGCGGAAAGCGGACAUCCCUGUCCUGGAAACAGCGGGUCUUCAUGCUCCUUGUGGUCGGAGUUCUCGGUUUCUUUACGUUGAUCAUCAUCAUGGCUAAACUGGGACGUGCCUCCGCGGGCAACGACCCAAAUUUAGAUCCUCUGCUUAACCCUAACAUCCGUGUGGGCAAAAACUGAUAAACAAGCGUUGAUUUCUUCUUUUCCUUCUGUGUAACAGAAUAUACAGUAUACCUGUGUAGAACAAAAUGAAAUGGGACUCUCAGUGACACUGGCAGCCCAACAGAGGGAGCCCUUUACCCAACUUGAAUGAGAAUGAAAAAGAGACGCUGCACCUUUUUUGAGAAUGGAGGCAAACUCUGGCUCUAUUCAUUUCCAUCAGGCAGUGGGACCCGGCAGGAAGAGCCCGCCACAACAAAAUCUCAGAAGGUGACCAAGGCCCAGUGCAAAGACGAGGGAUCCGGUUAUUGUUGCUUUUGAAAGCUUAUGAAGAAGAAGUGGGGUUGCAUUUAUAUUUACAAUUCCAGCUAACAUAUGUCAAUGAUCUUUGUUAUUUGGGUUUUUUAAGUUCAGUAGACACUAAAUAAACACUUUUGAUGUUAAAAGAACAUCUUUAGCUCGCAGAAAAGUCAUGAUGUAUAUGAUACAUUUAAUAAUGUCUCCACGGUUACAGAUUCCACUUGCCGAUUUGAUUUCAGUGACCUUGUUUCUCCUUUAGAGAAGAUGUGGCCCUCACAACUGGAAUGAAAUGCUCCAAACUACUAAUAACUUAUUAUGGGUGUCUGCAUCACUUCUGAAAUUGAGUGCAUUGCUUUUAGGUUUGCCAUAAAUACUGUAUGUAUAUUUCCUGAUGUUUUUGACUGUCUAUUAAAUGGGAAAAACUGCAGAAUUUAA